CACUCCUCGAUCCACGCCGCUAGCAGACGUUCCAUCUCCAUCAUGGUGAAGCUCCGGUUGAUGGUCAAGACCUGCGAUUCACCUAACAAUGUUUUCAAGCCUGGUCUAAUCAUCAGUACAUAAAGCCUAAACUACUUGAGCUGCCGUACAAAAUCAAUCAAUGAAUUGUUUUAUUGAUGUCCAUGGCAAAAAUUAAUACUAGUACAUCUAAUCCUGUCAAAGACAACACUUUUUUCAAUUCAAAAGAAUGUGCGGUUGAUAUUUCACCAAAAAAAGAUCAUUUGAUAAAAAACAAAUUUCUUCAUCACAACGAUGGAACAUUUUGGACAAGUAACGAGAAAACAUACUGGAUUUUUGGAUUAUUGUUUGGCACUGCCAUGUUGUAUGCUUCAAGAACACUUAUGCCUCUCUGUGUUGUUUCCAUAUCAGAAGAAAUGGGGUGGGACAAGACAGAGUCUGGGACAGUUUUGUCAGCAUUUUUCUGGGGAUACACCAUGACACAGUUCCUGGGCGGCUACUUAAGUGACAGGAUUGGUGGUGAAGUUGUCCUGCCUGUUGCCGCCUGCAUGUGGUCCCUGAUCACAUUUUGGACCCCACAGCUCGCUUAUCUCUCCACUGACAAGCACACAUCUCUACACAUUGUGGUCUUAUCACGUGUAGCGCUGGGCAUUUUUCAAGGUUUUCAUUUCCCUGGAAUGACAAGUUUAAUUUCUAGAAGAGUGUUAGAGCACCAGCGAUCUUUUCUCUACAGUGUUGUUGCCUCGGGUUCCCAUUUUGGAACUUUACUAACUGGUAGCAUGGGUUCUGUUAUGUUGGACUCAUAUGGCUGGUCUUUACCAUUUUAUAUCAUAGGUUUGUCUGGCCUGUGUUGGAUGCUUGUGAUGAAGUAUGUGUUGAUAGGUAAACAGCGCAACAGGUCCAUUAUGGUUUCCUUAAAUGAAGCUCAGCUGAUAGACACUGGAAAACUCAAGCCAGAGCCUAGGUCUCCUGUACCUUGGGUCUACCUGCUAACUAAGCCAGCUUUCUGGUCAUUAUUAGUGGGUCACUUCUGUGAAAACAAUGCCUUUUUUAUCUUGUUGUCAUGGAUGCCUACAUACUUUCAUGAGAGUUUUCCAACAGCUAAGGGCUGGGUUUUUAAUGUUGUACCCUGGGUUGUUACUAUACCAAGUUCAAUAGGAAGUGGGUGGAUUGCAGACAAAAUGAUCACUAAAGGUUACACAGUUACAUUUGUCCGUAAAGCCAUGGAAACUGUUGCCUUGUGUGGGACAGCUUUCUUCUUGUUUUUAAUAUCAUAUGCAAGCAGCUAUUCCUCAUGCUUGAUAUGUAUGGCCCUGGCUGUAGCAUGCUGUGGAUUCCACAAUAGUGGGAUUCUAGUCAAUCCACAAGACAUCGCCCCUAAACAUGCCGGAUCUGUGUUUGGAAUCAUGAAUAUGGCUGGAGCUAUUCCAGGUUUUGUAGGUGUUUACAUUGCUGGACAUAUACUUGAAGUGACCAAAAGCUGGAACGCUGUCUUUGGGCAGACUGCCAUGGUUUGCCUGUUUGGCUGGGCUGUCUUUAUUAUUUUUGGUACCGGUAAAAAAAUUGUAUGAAUCUCUUCGAUAAAAUAAUGUUGUAUAUUUCUGGGCUGCCUGAUGGUGUUUUUUUUUUGUUAAAACAAAGAUCAAUCAUACUUUUGACAAAAUGCAUUUAAAUCUGUUAUUCUUUGAGACAGAUUAUUUACACAACUUUUUAAUGGCAUUGAUUUCUGACACAUUUUUCUUCCUGUGAUAAAUAAUGAUUCAUAACCACAUAACUAUAUCAAUAAUCAAUGAACAAACAUUUUGUAAAUUGUAUGUUUAGUAGUUUGUAAUCCAGUUUUUUAGUUUCACUCAACCAGAAGUUUAAUUUUAGAUUGCAGUAUUAGGUAAUUGGUCUGGUUUAGUCUCUGAUGUUUACCAAAGAUUCCUCAAAUUUAAUUCCUAAGAUGUUUUUUAAAGAAAUUCAUUACAUGUAUGAAUUUUUGGAAUAGUUCCUAUACAAUGGUUUAAAAAACUUCUGUACCUUGAGUGUUUUACAGGGUUUCUAGUCAAACAUGUGUUUUUUUUUUUAAUCAUAACUAUUUUAAAAUGUUUGAUUAUUAUAUGUGAGUUUGUUUAUUUUUAAAUUUGUGUAGGUCAUCUUGUGAGUUCAUUAUCAUGUUUAUAAAAGAUGAGUGUAUUUUUGAAGAAAAUUUUUUAAAAUAAUAGUAGGCCUAUCAUCUUAAAAAAAAAACAACAGAAACCUGAUGCUUUGAAGUAACAAGCAGAUGAAAAACAUAUUUAGUUGUAUUAAUACAAAUAUUAACAUGUAACACUAAUGAACUGUUAUUUAAAUGAAUAAUGGAGCUUCUACUGAUCUAAGUAGAAUGUAAUUUUAAUUCAGGCAUUUCAGAACUUUAUGUUACUUCUUUAUUUUACUUUCCAACAAAAUGGUAUCACUAUUAAAACUUAUAUAGAGAAGAUAGUUUUAGCUGUGGGGCAUAUUUUGUUAACUGCUUUUUUAAAGAUAAUCAAAUUAAAACUGGUUAUAAUCUUUUUUGGUUAUGUUGAUUAUCAUUUUAUAAGAGCUCAAAAUCUUCUAUUUAUUUCCAAUGUCUGCAGUAAAACUUUAUAUUAAUUAUAAGCACUCAUUUGCAGUAAUUAUUUGCUGCUAUGUCAGGCACAAAAUUAAAUAGAAUGCAUCUGUUACCAUACAUAACUGUAUUGGAAGCCAUUGUACUUA